UUGAGACUUGACUUUAUAGAAAAUAAAAUAACUUGAGACUUGACAUGGAGCCUCAGGACUCGACUUUGACUGAUGAUUUGAACUUAUCUGGACAGGUUUUGUAAGUUAUUUUUUGGCACGGAGUCUACGUGGAUUACUCUACACACAUAGCCAGAGACAAUAAGUAGCAUCGUUCUUGCAAAAAAACCUGCAACAGAUUGGCUAGUGAAAUGCAUACACAGCACUCUGAUUGGACCAACAAACUGUCAAUCAACACAGAUCGGUCCCAAAAAACACCUGGAGCAUCUGAUUCUACCAUCCAACACGACAAGGACAAAGCAAUGGACGGAGAACAUAUCCCCGAACGACCCCGACCAGGCUUUGUCCUGGCAGACUACGUCGUCUUUGCUGCCAUGCUGCUCGUUUCCAUGGGAAUAGGGCUGUUCCAGGCCCUGAAGAAGAAACCGGGUGAUGCUAAGGUGGAUGACUUCUUCACCGGUGGCCGUAGUAUGCCAGUCAUACCCGUGGGAAUGUCACUGUGUGCCAGCUUCAUGUCAGCUGUCCAGGUCCUGGGAGUGCCAGCUGAAGCCUCCCUCUAUGGUUUUAAGUUCCUAUACAUGUGCCUUGGGCAAACCAUCAACUCCUGUCUGACUGCAUACCUGUUCCUGCCAGUGUUCUACCGCCUUGGUAUCACCAGCACCAAUGAGUACCUCAAGAUGAGAUUUGGCAGAGAGAUGCAGCUGCUUGGAAGUGUCCAGUUUAUAGUCUCAACACUGCUCUACACAGGAAUUGUGAUCUAUGCUCCAGCCUUAAUCCUGAGCCAAGCCACUGGGCUCAAUAUGUGGGCAUCCCUCUUCUCAACUGGGUUCAUUUGUACUUUUUACACCACAUUGGGGGGCAUGAAAGCAGUCAUCUGGACAGACGUGUUCCAGAUCCUGGUCAUGCUCUCUGGCUUCAUCGCCAUCUUCAUCCAGGGCACUGUUUUGGUUGGUGGGCCAGCAAUGGUUUUGGAGAUUGCCAACAAUGGAUCACGAAUUAACUUUAAUGAUUUUGACUUCGACCCAAGGAGGCGAUACACAUUCUGGAGCUUUACUGUUGGCGGUACGCUGUUGUGGCUGUCCAUGUAUGGUGUGAACCAGGCACAGGUACAACGCUACAUCUCCUGCAGAACUGAGCGACAGGCCCAGUGGGCGUUGUUUGUCAACCAAGUGGGCUUGUGUCUCGUUGUAGGCAGUGCAGCCACCUGCGGCAUUGUCAUGUUUGCCUUGUACUCCCACUGUGACCCUUUGAAGUCUGGAAAGAUUGCUGCUCCAGACCAGUAUAUGCCAUACUUUGUGCUGGACAUCUUUCAAGACCAUCCUGGCUUUCCCGGUCUUUUUCUGGCUUGUGCAUACAGUGGCACCCUGAGUACCGCCUCCACCAGCAUCAACGCUAUGGCAGCUGUUACCAUGGAUGAUCUACUGAAACCAACUCUAGCCAACAUGUCAGAGAAGAGGUUGAUUUUAAUUUCCAGAGGGCUGUCUUUCAUGUAUGGGGCUGGAUGUAUCACGGUGGCUGCUCUCUCAUCCUUCUUGGACUGGGGAGUUCUUCAAGGGUCCUUCACAGUCAUGGGAGUGGUCAGUGGCCCACUUCUUGGGGCUUUCAUCCUGGGGAUGUUUGUUCCCGCUAGUAACAGGCCGGGCGUGUUUAGUGGCGUGGCGGUGGGCUUCUCCAUCUCCUUGUGGCUGGUCAUUGGAUCAACCCUCCAUCCUCCCAGUCUGCAGACCAUGGGUGUCCUGCCCACCUAUACAGAUCAGUGUCCAUCAAGUAACAGCACAGUCAACAGCAGCCUGGGCAUGGACACACCCUCCGCCUCGACGCCGCUUCCCCUAUAUCAACAUGGACGGACGAGUCUGCAGAACUUUUAUUCCAUGUCCUACCUCUACUUUGGUGCCGUGGGGACAAUUUCAGUGGUGCUGGUUGGGGUAGCUGUGAGCUAUGCAACAGGACCUACCAAGAGAAAUACCAUUGACCCUGGCUUGCUCUGGUGGGACUUACAACAGAAAACCCUGGACAGUCAGAUGGACAAUCCACAGAUAGUGCCUCUACACCACUUGCACAAUGAAGAUGUUGGUGAAAAAGAGGCCCUGAGGAAAACUACCUUAACUCAAUGUUCCCCAAUAAAGUAUAGAGAGCUUUGAGAGAAGAGAGGUGGACACACACACGCAGAGUACCAGUCAAAAGUUUGGACACGUACUCAUUUAAG